GCCUGGCUCGCCCUGUCUUGUACCCGGAUCAGGACCAGGGCAGGGAGACGAUGCCUUACUCGGUGGAAACCCCCUACGGCUUCCUGCUGGAUCUAGACUUCCUCAAGUACGUGGACGACAUCGAGAGAGGCCAGACCCUCCGGAGGUUGCCCCUGCAUCGCAAAGCUAAGGGGUCCAAGCCAGCCCAGGGCUCCCCCCACAGCCAGAUGGGGGGCUGGGCCUCCACCGAGUCUCUCUCGUCCACGACCAGUGAGGACGGGAGACCCGCCUUCUCCCCACGGCCCCGAACGGCUUCCUACGACACCAAGGACCUCGCAGGCAAAAAUGGCUCCUUUCCGACGUCUCCUGCUCCCACAGCCCAGCGUCUCCCCCAAGCUUCUCCCGAUUCAGUGGGGAGAGGGGGCAGCCGGGUGGAAACGACCUUGCUGGAGACCAGCAGGAGGCUGGAGGAGGCACAGCUGAGUUUGCUGACUGGUGGGGCAGGCGCACCGUUCAAGAGGACAACCGGCCCUUCCAGAGAGAGCACGUGUCCCCCCAAUUCUGCUUCCUCUCUGUCCGGGGACAGCCAGGCUGAGCCCGUGAAGACAAGCCCCCCUAACUCGGGAAGGACCACCCCGGUUCCGGCAGUGAGCCCCGCACACCUCCAUCACGUCCGGGAGCAGAUGGCCGCGGCCCUCAAACAGCUGAAGGAGCUGGAGGAGCAGGUGAAGGUGAUCCCUCUCCUGGAGGAGCAGAUCUGCCAGCUGAAGCAGGAGAAGGAGCAGCUGGUGGCUGGCUUGGGGGAGAAGGUGGAGGUUGAAGCAGGCCAGCCGGGGGUCUUCUGCUUCCCCCCAAGACAAGCCCUCAAAGAUGGGGCUGCCUGUCUGGACACAGGAGGGCCCCAGGGCAUCCAGGAGGUGCAGACUGAGAGCGAGGCGACCAAAGGAAGAUCAAGUAAGAUCGCAGAGCUGAAAAAACUGACCGAGCGGCUGACCGGUCCAGAGAGGGCUGGGAAGAGCAGAGGAGGGGCCCGGCCAUCAAGAGCAGAGCAGCCCGGCCAGAGGUCCAUCGGAGUCGGGGAGGAGGUGGACAUGAGUGAACUCGUUUGCUACUACCAGAGUCAAAGACCGUGCCAGGAGGUGGCCGUUGGGUGCGAGACAGAGACCCGCGACGCAGAGGUGUGGGUGAUGGAGUCCUUCCUUGGGGUGUCAUCGGCCGCAGAGGAGGAGAUGCAGCUGGUGCAGCACAGGGUCCAGCACCAGCAGGCCGUGAUUGCCAUGCUGGAGGGACACCUGAAGGAAGCCACCGAGGAACUGGAGGAGCUGCGGGUGGAGGUCUGCUCCCGCAGGCCAGGCAACCUGGUCAGCCAAGCGACCUUGGUCUGUCCAGAGACAGCGGACAUUUGCGUGGAGGCCGUGCCGCCCACCCGGUGCCAGGCUGUGGGCAGCCACGUCGAAACGGUGGAGGUCAGCGUCCAGAGCUUUCUGCAAGUGUCCCACGUAGGAGUCGGUUGCAACUUGCAAGGAGAAUCAAGUGCGGAAGCAAAGCCCACCCAGGACUCACAACAGACAACGCCACUGACCUCACUGGGGACGGAGCACACGGGCCAAAAAGGCCACCUUGAGUGCACAGCAGCAACGCCAGGGAGCCCUCCCUGUGGCACGGCCGGGGAGGACUCCAGAUCAGAAGACGCCAGGCCUCCCACAGGCGGCAAGGAAGGGACGCUGAUCCAGCUGGCACUGCAGACCACAGAGGGAGAACCGGAUGCUGGCCCACCUUUGCCCCUGGGGAUGAGCAGCCAGGGCAGCCAGGAGCCAAACGGGGCAGAGGGAGUCUCAGGGGCUGGUGCCCUGAAGUCAAUAAUGAAGCGGCUGGACAGCCCGGCCAAGGCAGAGCCGAGGGGCAGCGGGAAGAAGACCCUCCAGUUUGUGGGCCUCCUGAAUGGCGAGUACGAACCGUUCCUCUCCUGGAGUGGGAGAAAAAGCCAAGGGACCCUCGGCAACCCCAGUGAAUUGGGGGGCGAUGUUGUUGCCAGCCCGGAUGUCAGUGACAGCAGCGAGGAAGAGGAGGGGAGCCCGGUCACAGAGGCGGCCGCGCCCGGCCACCCACGGCUGGGCUCCGAUCCUGAAGAGGCUGCCGGACAGGGAGGAGCCACGCCCAAGGUCAAAGAGAG